GGACUUUUCCGAUAAAUUCAUAUCAGUAUGUGUUGUCUUUUUCAAGAGCACAGUAUCGCUACCACACGAAUGAUGGACAUCUCUGACCCUCUAACUCUGAGUCCUUUUAAUAACGGCAGUUGUAUGAAAAUGAAAGAAAGAACGCCGUUCAAUCAGGUGAUGACUUGCAAAGCCUCCAACAUGCAGAGAUUCAUCCAGGUGAUGCAGAUGCUGGCGUUGAAGAGCUGCCGAAAGGUCUGCCAGCUGUUCUGCUGCCCCACAGUCACUCCGCUGUGUGAAGAGGUCACAUGCUGCAUAGGUCAAAAAUGUCAAGAUGCGCAGGAUAAAACUCCACAAGUGACACUGCGGAGUCUGCCUUCCACCAUUUUGAUUGUGAACAUCAGCAACUCCACCUUGAAUGACUGCGUUAUAGGAUACGACCCAUCUGCUGUGGCACAAAGUCAGCCUCUACUACAGGGAUCUGAGCACCAAAUGCACGAUCAGGCGAGGUGCAGCUGCAGCCGUGGACAGAAGGGCGCAGGACACACCUCUGCUUCACCUCCUCCUCCUGUCUGUCCUCCUCUUCCAUCAGCGGAGGCUGCGAGCGUCAACAUACACAGCUCCUAUCUCAAUUGUGUCAUCAUUGGAGACAACAACUACAUGCACGCUGAGCAGAUCCGCUCGACUGAAACAGAAGAACCCCAAGUGUGAAGCUUUGGCCGCGCAGAGCUGACACACACACACACACACACACAAAAUGAGCUCUAGCAGCACUGCCAUCUAUGGCAUGAUAAUAGUAUUAGGUCAGAUAAUUUCCAUCUCCAGACCACUUUUUUUCAACUUUUGGAUUUGUUUCCAGUCUGCUUUUACUUUUUCUGGGUUUGGUUUUUGGCACUGGCAGACCCAGUGUCCAUCUUCUCUAUCCAUCCAUCCAUCGUCAACCGCUUGUCCUGCAUACAGGGUCGCUGGGGGUUGCAGCCAAUCCCAGCUUACAUUGGGCGAAAGGCGGGGUACACCCUGGACAGGUCGCCAGUCAUCUUCUCUACUCCUUUAGUAUUUUUUCAGGCUACAUCUAACAAUAAUUUAAGUAUUAUAUUAUUAUAAAUCUGCCUGUUAUUUUGAAUCAGAAAAGUAAAAAAAUUUUUUGACAAAACAAAGAUCAUAGAUAGCUAAAACAAAAAGAAAAGAAAAAGGAGAUGGAACCAUAUCAUUUUUUUCAUUUUUUUUCAUUUUGACUUACAUCAUUACUGUUAUAGUGUAAUAGGACUUUUUUGCUCUGGUCCUGACAUUUGCGAGUACUGAAAACAUAACCAUAAUUAAUCACAGUUCUCCAAGUGUUGUAAUAGUUUCAGCACACACAAACAAACGUCAACUGCCCAAACCUUUUGGUAAGAUAAUCCUAUUAAGUAAGGACUUUCCUGUUUUGCAAUGUUGGGGCCUCUUCUCCCAUGUCAGACAUGAGGACAUAAAGGUGGGAGCAGUUUUACUGCAUUUAUUUCCCACAUGGAUGUGACUAUCAAAUGACUCGUCUCUCUAUGAUCAUCUGAUCUUUCGGCACUUGAUGUCCUGUGGCCUGAUACGCUGACUGAUAUACUUUGUUAGAUCCAUUUUUUCAACUCAUGUUGUGUGAUUGCACAGGCAAACAAAAAAAAUGCUUUGUGUUUGUCCUAAUGUAUGACAGUGGGGAUGGCAGUGGUGCAGUGGAUAAGACUAUGCCUUUGGUGUGAGCAACCCAGGUUCAAUCCCCCACUGUGUCUCAUCCACCAUUGUGUCCCUGAGCAAGACACUUAACCCCUCGUUGCUCCAGAGGCGUGUGACCUCUGACAUGUAUAGAAAUUGUAAGUCAUUUUGGAUAAAUGCGUCAGCUAAAUGAAUAAAUGUAAAUGUAUGGCCUAUGGUCAUUAAUAGUAGACUACGUAGUAGUGCUCAUUGUUGUAACUCAUUUAGAUUUUUUGCAUUUUUAUAUUUAGUGUAAAAUGCUCAGGUCACACCGCACAAAAAUAUGCAAUGAAAGGACUUUGAAUCAAGGUUCUACUAUUGUGUCUGCUGAUGUUUAUAUGAUGUGAUGCUAAAAUGCUCCAUGUUAAUUUUCACAAUGUGCUACUUUUCUUAUUACUUUUAUUUUGUUGAGAGAUUUUGUGGACACUAUAUGUUUGAAAUGACAAAAAUAUGUUUGUAUAAUUAAAAAUAAAGAUGAUAGAGAUCUGUU